UGACAGUGGCAGUGCCAGCCCUGCCCCCUGCUUAAUCAGGAAAACCAACAAACAAACAGACUUCUGACGAAUUCUGACUAAGGAAAUCGACGAAAGAGCAUCCGCAUCCCCAUACAUACAUCAACAACAACAACAGUGACAGCUAGCACCGUCGCAGUCGCAGUUGCAGGCGCAGUUGCAGUUGUAGUUGCAGCUGCAGCCACAUCCAUAUCCGCUUUCAACGACCAGCGACCAGGGACGGCUCAGUGUGGAUACCCGACCCUGUAACCGGCCCAGGCAGGCCCCGGCCCCGCCCCAGGCGUACCUCAGCACCAGCCGCAGCCGCAGCUACAGCCCACUGGCGAAGCUGUGCGGGGAACAAUAGAGAUGCAGUAUAGGCCACCAUGGGUUCGCAGACCUUGGAGAUACUGCGCCAAGGCGUGUGGGCCUCGCUGACCGGCGGCUACUUCUACGAUCCGCAUCAGGGCGUCUUCUGCAACGUGGUGCACCUGUAUCUCUGGCUGUAUCUGGUCUGUUCGCCCUUUGUGGCGUACUUGUAUUUCCCGAGCACUUGGCUGACAUGGUGCCUGUACUGCGUGAUCACCAGCCUCACCAUUCUGAUGGUGAAGCUGGCCAACCUGGCCCUGCACCGGCUGUACGAUCGGGCGCAGACCAUGUCCGAGGUGAACCUGAAGAGCCAGUUCUUCAAGGUGACCAAGGAGACGGAGCCCCGGCACGACGACGAAGGUGGCAUCGAAAUGAAGGUAAUACGGCCUGGCGGCUCGCGCAUCUCCGUCGAACAGGCCAUCAAUGAGGCGAGCGAGGAGAACAGCAUCAUGUCCAUUGACAACGUGAAUAGUAUCAUUGAUCUCAAGGUCGAUGUGCAUCGCAAGAACAGCUCAGAGUCCAUCGAGCUCAUGUUCUAUGCCCCAUCCAUGCUGUCAGGCGGCAGCCAGCAGGACCAGCAGUCUCUGGCCGGCUCCGCCAGCGUCACAAAAUCAAUUCGGAGCGCCAGCGCCGCCACCAGUGCCGCAGUCCAGGCAGAUCUCUUUAGCAAAUACCUCACCGUCUAUCCCGAGGUGGUGGAGGCGGCCGGAAGCAGUGCUGGUAGCGCCGACGGCGGUGCCAGCAGCGGCGGCGACAGCAGCAGCAUGGUGCCACGAUCCGGAUGCGGAGCUGUAGCCCUAGCAGCUGGCGGAGGAGUGUCCGCUCCCACGAACAUCCGCACGGGGCACCUCUCCCGCAAGUGCUCCGAGGUCUUCAGUCGCCGCCACCGACGUCGCCUGGAGCGCCAGAGCAGCCUGGACGCCGCGGCAGCCGCCGCCACCAUCUCCCACGACCACAGGCUGUUGCGCAACCAGUCGGACACGAUAGCCACAGCUGCCCCCUCCUUCCUGCACUCGCAGCCGGCGGGCAAGGCCCGUGGCCAGGCCAGCGGCAGUUGCAGUUCCCGCCAGCAUUUCAUAGCCAGCACCCCAGCUGGAGCUGGAACUGGAGGUGGCGGCGGAGGCGGAGGCGGAGACACCGCUGGCGCCUCUACAGCGGUGGUGGUGAUUGCCCCACACGCCAAUCCCGGCUCCAAUCCGGGCCGAUCGUCGCGCCUGCAGCGGCACCGCAGCUCCGAGACCCACGACGAGCGCCUGAAGCACCAAAGCCACCAGAGCCGCGGCGGCGGCGGCCUCUUCCAGCCCAUCCUCCAGCACCAGCACCAGAACGCGGCCAGCAGCAUUGGCGCCCUGGCCGUGAUCGGCGGCAACAGUGGCCCCAACGACGUCGAGGACAUGGAGCUGGGCCUGGCCCGCAACUUGGGCAGCGGCGGAGUGUCCGACGCCUGCACCCGUGCCCUCCAGUCCUGGAUACUAGAUUCCUCGUCGGAUGUGUACCUGGAGGACGACAGCUAUACCAAAUCGGAUCUGGGCAUCGAGCAGCCGCACCUGCCGACGUUCCGCCGCUCCCACCUGCACCAUCGCUACCACCAUCAUCACCACCUGCACCACCACCUGGGCGGCGGGGCCAUCAUCCGCAAGGACCCCACCAGCACCAUGUCGGCGCUCCAGCUGGCGGGUGGGGGUGUUGCUCCGCCCGAUCCCACUCGAGGAUCCACCGGAAGCGGAGGAGUCGCAGGUGGGUCUGGCGGAGUGGCCGCCGGUGGAUCUGCUGCGGGUAUGAAGGGACGACGACAUUCCAAUGCCACCAGCUACCAUCCCAAGUACAGCGGACAGGCCUCCAAGUCGGCCCUGCUCUCGGGUGGAGGAGGAGCGGGCCACUCGUCCGCAGGAGCGACUGCCGGAGUAGGAGGAGGCGGCGGAGGCAGUGGUGGGGGCCAGCAGACGGGCGGCGUGCGGAGGAUCAAGAGCACCGCCCUCGAAGUUCUCUGUCCGCAGCCGUCGGUGUCCAACCUGAGUCCGCAUCCCAACAGCGUGGAGGCCAUCUCGGGCCAGCAGCAGAUGCGGAAUCCGCUGCCCCCGCCGAGCAAGAGCCUCGUCCGGAACCAGCACCUGAACCUCUACACCUCGCAGGGCUAUGCGGACGCUGGCCACCCAGCGGGAGGAGCACCAAGCGGAGGAGCGGCAGGAGGAAGCACCUGCAGCAGUCUCUUCUUUGGCAGCUCAAGUGCCUGCGGAUCCACGACAGCCCUCCUCUCCGGCGACGCCCCCGUCUACCCCAUAGUGGAGCAUUCGGAGAGCGAGAAGAUCGGCCACGAGGAGCAGCAGCAGCCAGGACAUGUGCAUCGGCAUCGGCAGGAGAAUGGCCAUGGGCAUGGCCAUGGCAACGAUAAUGCCGAAUGCGAUGACGACGAGCUGGACGACGUGCCAAUUAGGCGACGGACCCGCGCCCUCGGCUGCAGCCAGACCCACCGCAGCGCCGAGUCGGAUGUGGGCGGGAUCCUGGCGGACGACGAUGAUGAUGUCUUCAAGGACUUCGACGACAACCUGGAGCACAUACUCACGGAGCUGCAGCAGACGCACAGCCAGCUGGACGAUCACCUCAAGGGCUGCGACAUCUCUGCCUCUGCCUCUGGCUCCUCCUCCUCGCAGCACCACCAGCACCAUCAUCACCAUCACCACCAUUUCCACCGUAAACUGGCUCCAGCGGAGGGACUGGGAAUGGGACUGGGAUUGCGUGUAGGAGCAGGAGCCACUGCUGGCGACGACGAGGACGAGGAGACGGACAACAACACGGGCUCCCGGUCGCCGCUGCUCAGCGAGCGCAACCGGCAGCAGGCCACGCUGCGGGAGAUCGUGGCGGACAAGAUUCUGCGCCAAGAGCUCACCCAGCCCGGUGGGGGCACCUCCUCCUCUCCGCCUCCGCCUCUGGAUCCCAUGCCCAUACGCAGCGAGGCGGACUCGGGCUGUCCCUCCAGCGACUGCGAGCAGGUGAGUGCCAGCUCGAAGGACCAGCUGCUGGCCGGCAUGGGCAUGGAGCAUCAUCAGCAGGCGAGUGUCCUGGAGCUGGACGAGGAGCAGCCCUGCACCUCGAAGAUGGCGGCCAAGAGCCUGGGGGCCAUACCCAAGGUGGUCAAGUACCGGGAGGUGGACGAGCUGCGACGCCGCCGCCUCGUGGGACUGGGCCUGGGACUGGGGUCGGAGCAACACGACGCCGCGGGCCCGAUGGCCGGCAACGAGCCAACGAUGUCCCUGGUCAAGUCGCAGUCGAAGCUGCAGGCGGCCGCCGCCUCGCGCAACUCCUCCUCAUCGAACUCGACGCACAGCAUCAGCCUGACGGACAGCCUCACGGCGGACAUCCACAAGAUGCUCUGGCUGAUGCACGGCGGGGCUGUGGACGAGCGCGGGCGGCCCAUCGCGGGCAUCUCCUCGGACGGCACCCCCAUCCCGGCCAGCAGCAGCCUCGUGCCGCCGAACAUGUCCAGCGCCCACUUUCAGUUCUACCAGGACGCCAUCCAGGCCCUCCAGGGCACCUACCCGGCGGCCAGCUCCGUGGAGCACAUGACCCACAUCGAGCGGGCCCUCGCGCGCGACAAGCUGCGGCUGGACGCGAAGCUCAUGUGCGAGCAGCUGGCGGCCGCCGCCGAGGCCAACUCCAACACGCACUCGCACUCCCACUCGCAGGUGACCAACGCCUCCUCCUCGUGCAGCUCGCAGCCGCUGCCGCUGCCGCAGCCGCAGCCCGGCACCACCCUGGGCAUGCUCAUGGGCGGCGGCCCCUCCUCGCGGCACGCCUCCACCACCGCCUUCUCCGUGCAGGGGCUGAUCAACGUGAUCCGGAGCGAUGCGCUCCAGCAGUUGCACGACGCCGUCGCGGCCAAUGCCAGCCUCCACGAAGCUGCCUCUGGAGUGGGCGCAUCUGGCGGCGGCGGCAUGGGAGGAGGAGGAGGAGGUGGCGGAGGCGGCGGCGCAGGUGGUGGCGGCGGUGUGCUCCAGGCCCUGGGCCUGUCCAACCACCCCAGCAACCAGAUCAGCCACAUCGGCCACAUGAGCCAGCCGAUGCUGAACGUGGACGGGCACUUUGCGCCCUACUGCGACUACUGGCGGCCCGCCUGCCUGCUGUCCGCGGCGGAGAAGCCGGCUGCCCCGAAGAGCUUCUACAAGUACCGCUUCAAUUGGUUCGGCCAGGAGCGCGAGUUCAAGAUCGCCAUGGACCGGCUGGAGCUGCUGGCGCUCUUCGACCGCGACCUCCACUGGCUGCACGUGCUCCUGGCCAGCGUGCUGUGCACCCUGGUCGCCUGCCUGGGGGCGGCCAUCCUCCAGCACGACCACUACAAGGAUCUGUGCGCCCUGCUCUUCUGCUCGGUGAUCGCUGGCGCCCAGUACUCGCUCGUGAAGAGCGUCCAGCCGGACGCGGCCUCGCCGGUUCACGGCUUCAACAAGACGGUGGCCUACUCCCGCGCCAUCUACUUCUGCCUGUGCGGGGGCCUGCUGCUGCUGCUGAAGCGCCUCGACACGGACUACGUCGCGCGGCCGCCCGACCCGCUCACCUUCUUCGGGGUCCACUACUCGCCCGCGGACCUGGUCGGGCUGCUGCUGCAGACGCUGUACGUCCUGCUGCUGUGCUUCCCCAUCAUCUUCUCGGUGGGGCUGUGCCCCCAAAUCAACACCUUCCUCAUGUACCUCCUGGAGCAGGUCGACAUGCACGUCUUUGGCGGGAAUGCGGCCAGCAGUCUGCUCGGUUCCUUUCUGUGCGUCGUGCGCUCCGUCCUGGCCCUCAUGCUCCUGUACGGACCCCUGUACGGGGCGCUGGACGAGCAGCGCGGCACCCAGUACAUCCUGUUCUCGAUAUUCUGCGCCAUGCUCAUCCCCCUGGGCUACCAUCUGUCGCGCUGCGCCAGCGACUUCAGCCACCUGUGGCGCCUCAUCAAGACCUGCAUCGUCAGCACGUAUCGCGAUGACGACGACGACGACGAUGACGAGCAGCAGCCGGAGGAGCAGGAGCUGAGCCAUGUCCACACUGCUGCGCCCAAUGCUGCGCCCACUGCUGGCACCGCCACCGCCACCGCCAUCCAGCUGCCCACCAGCACACCCAAGCGGAAGAGACAGCAAGCGGAGGACAAAGCAAAGGCAAGGGAGGAGGAGCCGCCGCACGAGGAGCAGUUCGAGCUGAGCACGCUUGACAAGCAGCCGGAUGAGGCGGAUGAUCCGCAGCAGCAACAGCAGCAGCAGGAGCUGGAUGAGGAGCAGGAGCAGGAGCAGGAAAUGCAGAGCAAGUCGAAGGCCUCCUCACUGGGCAGCAGCCAGCAGAUCGGGAGCAGCAGCAAGCGGGCCAUCACCGCUUCCAGUUCGUGUGCCUCGAUAGCACAAGGCGAGGCCGGCAACGAGGCGGAGACAGAGGCAGAUGCAGCUCCUAGGGAAGGCCUUCAGCAGCAGCAGCAGCAGCAGCAGGAUCAGGAUCAAGAUAUGCCCCAGCAGGAGCAUGAAAUGAGGGACUCGCAGUGCCACGAGCCAAAGCUUGCCACAGCGGAGGAGGCCGAGGACAAAAUGUCUUCAUCGUCGGCCACCAAUCCCGCAGACAUGUCCACCCUGACCGCUGGGGCUGGCACGGCGACGGGCAGGGAAGUGGAGGGAGAGGAUGCUGAGGAUGGAGACCACCAGACGACGACACAUGGCGAGGGGAAGCACCAGCAGCAGCAGCAGCAGCAGGAGCAGCAGCAACCCACCAACUGCAACACGGAGGCCAGCGACAGGAGCAGCAGCAGCAGCGGCGGCGGCCGGAGCAACAGCAGCGGAAGUGGCAGUGGCAGCGGCAGUGGCAGCGGGAACGACCUGCCCGAUCCGCUGCCAAGGAAGCUGCAGGCGACGGUGACGACGCGACUGAAGAACGACCUGGUCGUGAUGACGCUGCUGGGGGUCAGUGUCCUGGGGCUGCACUGCAGCACCGUGUUCACGGUGCUCCAGCCGGACCUCAACGUGGUGCUGUACGUGUUCAUCGGCGUGCUGGGCUUCCUGCUCCACUACGCCGUGCCCCAGAUGCGCAAGCACAUGCCCUGGCUCUGCUUCGCCCGCCCUCUGCUUCGGCAGCGGGAGUUCGGCCAGUUCGAGGUGACCAAUGCCCCGAAGAUCAUGUGGUUCGAGAAGCUCUACAUCUACCUGAGUGUGCUCGAGCGCAAUGUGCUCUUCCCCCUGCUGGCCAUCUCCUCGCUCACCGCCGACUCCCAGCUGAUUGUCGAGAAGUUCGGCCUGCCCUGGGGCACCCUCAUCGUCUCCAUUUGCGCCCUAAAAUUUGUGAGGAACGCGUACUCGGAUCCGACAAACCAAUACCUGAUCAUCAUCUUCACGGUGCUGCUGUUCCGCAUUGACUUUGCCAUGGCCACAGAGACCUUCAUCAUCGACUACUUCUUCGUGUCGCUGGCCUUCCGCAAGUGCUGUGACUUUCUGCUAAAGCUGCAGUUCAUUGUCACCUACAUCGCGCCCUGGCAGAUAACGUGGGGCUCUGCGUUCCACGCCUUCGCCCAGCCAUUCAGUGUGCCCCACUCGGCGAUGCUCUUCCUGCAGGCGGGCAUCUCGGCGCUGCUGUCGACGCCGCUCAAUCCGUUCCUGGGCAGCGCCAUCUUCCUCACCUCGUACGUGCGCCCGAUCAAGUUCUGGGAGCGGGACUACAACACGCGCCGCAUCGACCACUCCAACACGCGGCUCAGCUCGCAGCUGGAGCGCGACCUGGGGGCGGACGACAACAAUCUGAACAGCAUCUUCUACGAGCACCUCACCCGCUCCCUGCAGCACUCCCUCUGCGGGGACCUGCUCAUGGGUCGCUGGGGGAAUGUCAAUCAAGGCGAUUGUUUCGUGCUCGCCUCGGAUGAUCUCAACUGUCUGGUGCACAUCAUCGAGCUGGGCAACGGCCUGUGCACGUUCCAGAUGCGCGGACUGGAGUUCCGGGGCACCUACUGCCAGCAGCGGGAGGUGGAGGCCAUCACCGAGGAUGUGGAGGACAACGACGGCUGCUGCUGCUGCGACCCCGGCCACCUGCCGCGCCUGCUCAGCGCCAACGCCAUGUUCUCGACCCGCUGGCUCGCGUGGCAGGUGGUCGCCGCCCAGUACGUCAUCGAGGGCUACUCCAUAUCGGACAACCUGGCCAGCGCCACCCUCCAGGUGUUCGAGUACCGCAAGGUGCUCAUCACCUACUACAUCAAGAGCAUCAUCUACUACGUGGUGCGGAACCCCAAGCUGGAGCAGUGGCUGGCCUCGGGCCCCAUCCAGGACGCGCUGCAGCACACGCUGGGCCGCCAGUUCGUCGACCUCGAUCCCGUCUUCAACUUCAACCUGGACGAGGACUUUGACUUCCGCGCCGUCGGCAUCACGCGCUCCAGCUUCUGCUACGUGUACCUCAAGUGGAUCAACUACUGCGUGGACAUGCGCCGAGAUGCGGCCACCGCCUCCUCCUCCUCCAUGGCCACACCAGCAACAGCAGCAGCCCCAGCAGCAGCAGCCGCAGCAGCGGCGCCCCCGCCAACCACCCCUGCAGCUGCAGCGCAGGCAGUCCCUCAGCAUCCGCAUCAGCCACAGCCACAGACUCAGGCCAACUCAACGCCCGCCCACAACGACUCGAAGAGCACGCCGAAUCUCUCCUCGCACGGGGGCUCUGCGGGAACGGGCCCCGGCCAGUCCAAGUCGCAGUCCCAGCAGCAGCUGCGCAGCGGCGGAGGAAGGACCCAGACACAGGCCCAGUCGCAGUCCCAGUCGCAGUCCCAGUCCCAGAAAAGUGCCAACCAGGACGCAGGUGGCGGUGCAAGUGGAGCAAGUGCCGCGGGAGCGGGAGCGGGUGCGGGAGUGGUUGCUGGCGGGGAUCAGCUGAGCGGAUCGCACAGCUUUGCCAACAUCUCGCGCCAGACCUCGGAGAGUGCGCCCGGGCUCGGCGGCUACGUCACCUACAGGGACCAGAACGUGUUCGUGAAGCUGGCCAAGGCGACGACCACGAGCACGAGCACGACCACCGCCGCAGUGACGCCUGGCACCGGACUCCAGGGACCAGGAGGCGCCACCUGCAUCAUGACGACGCCCAGCGGCAAGACGCUGCGCAAGGAGGAGCUAGCGACGACGGCAGAGAGGGAGCGGGAGAGAGAGAGGCCGGUCCCUCCGCUGAAAGUGAAGCUGGCCAGCGUGGGCAAGGACGCGCCGCUGGUGUCCCUGUGCCUGGCGCUGGGCCUGCUGGCCCGCCGCUCCCUGGCCACCGCCUCGCACAGCUCCAUGUCGGGGGUGGAGUUCUUUCUGCACGGCCUGCACGCCCUGUUCAAGGGCGACUUCCGGAUCACGUCGCCGCGCGACGAGUGGGUCUUCGCGGACAUGGAGCUGCUGCACUCGGUGGUGGCGCCGGCGGUGAAGAUGGCGCUCAAGCUGCAGCAGGACCACAUCACGAACCCGGACGAGUUCCUCGACCCGCACGCCCUCUACGAGGCCAUCGACAACUGCUCCAAGGAGCUGGUGAUCUCGCACGAGGCGGAUCCGGUGUGGCGCAGCGCCGUGCUGCGCGGCGCGCCCAACCUGCUGGCCCUGCGCCACGUGAUGGAGGACGGCUCGGACGAGUACCGCAUCAUCCGGCUGACGAAGCGCUUCCUCAGCUUCCGCGUGAUCAAGCUGAACCGCGAGUGCGUCCGCGGCCUGUGGGCGGGCCAGCAGCAGGAGCUGAUCUACCUGCGCAACCGCAACCCAGAGCGGGGCAGCAUACAGAACGCCAAGCAGGCCCUGCGCAACAUCAUCAACUCGAGCUGCGACCAGCCCAUCGGCUACCCCAUCUACGUGUCGCCCCUGACCACCUCCUACGCGGACACCAACGCCCAGCUCUGCCAGAUCAUCGGCGGGGCCAUCACGCUGGAGACCAUCCGGCAGACGGUCCUCGGCUGGUGGCACCGCAUCCGCGAGCGGUGCCGCCAAGGCUGCAGCUCCGGCUCGGCCCUCGAGCAGAACUCUGCCCAGCAGCAGCAGCAGCUGCAGCAACAGCAGCAGCAGAAUCCCCUCCAGAUGGGGGCCACCUGCAACUUUGGGAGCGGAGGCAGCGUGGUGGGUGCCACCUCAACGGCCACUGCCGUGGGAGCUUCCGCCGGAUCCGGUGUGGGUGUGGGUGUGGGCGUGGGACUGGGUGUGGCUGCUCCUGGCACCGCCAGCAGCACGGGCGGCGAGUCCGGAGAGCUGGCGCCCGUCUUCAUCUCUGCCCCGCUGUACAACACCCUCACCGUGAACAGCUACUACGGCGUCCGCUCCGGCAACGGGCUGCCGGGCUCCCUCGCCACCCACAACGGCAGCUACGUGAGCGACAGCCUGGCGGUGGUGCGCGGCGGCCUGGCCGUGAUGCCCGUCAAGCCCACCUCGACCACCCUCAUUGCGGGCCUGCUGAACCGGGAACGCGACCAGGAAACGGCAGCGACAGCCACCUCCAGCUCGGGAUCGGGCUCGGGCUCUGCAUCAGGGCCAGCAGCAGCAGCAGCAGGGGUGCGCGGCAGGAGCCAGCUCCAGCAGAUGGGAACCAGCAGCAGCAGCAGCAGCAGGGGCAGGGAUCACGAGCGAAGGGCCACCCUGCCCAUAGCCAGUGGCGAAGGACCAGCGGGAGGAUCGGAGGCGGGCAAGGAGCUGGCCAUGCCACACACGCAGCUGGACCACGAGCCGAGUCCGCGCAGCGGCAAGCUGUCCUCUUCCUCGGGCAGCCUUGGACUGGCCAUAGGCAACAUCAUAACCACGCCGGGGGACUAUCCCCGCAAGACGAAGGGCCCCAUCUGCCUCACCUCUGCGCCGCUGAACGUUCCCGAGUCGGGAACGGCACCUACUGCGGUACCAGCACCUGGAGUGGGAGUGGGAGUUGCACCAGCUGCUGGAACCGGAACGGCUACUGGUACGGGAGCGGCAACGGGAACGGGACCAUUGGCCAUUGGAUCCGGGCAGACUCGGAAGCCGCGCAUAGAGAUCUUCAAGAAGGUGAUCAUAGUGGACGAAACGGGGAUCUACGACUGUCUGGACGUGGUUGGAGCCGUCGUGUGGCCGAGCGAACUGAUGCGCAACAAUGGGGGCCGCCUCUCGUGGAAGGACUGGGAGCCCAGUGCAGGGAUGGUGGGCCAUGUGGUCCACUGCUGGGCGCCCAACCACAAGGACGUGCGCUUCCGCUCGCACGUGAACCGCUGCGUGUACCUCGUCGAGAUCGGGGAGCACUACGUGCCCGUCGAGGAGCUGGGCCUGCGGGAGUACAACCAGAUAGUGAGCAGCUCCGAUGAGAUGGCCAACUCGCGGCGCAGCUCCAUCCAGCGCGAGUUCCACGAGUACAACAUGCUGCUGAAGCUCUCCGGGUUCACCCCCAUCAUCAGAGGGCGUUCGUCUUCGUCGGCCGGUGCAGGUGCCGGAGCAGGGACAGCAGCAGCAGGGACAGCAGCAGGAGCAGGUGCAUGUGACUCCUCCAGCAAGUCGCACAAGGCCAAAAUCCGUGCCGUGAGCAGCAGCAGCUCCGAGGACGAGAGCACGCCCUCCGCAUCCGGCCGUGGCCUGCCUGGCCUCGGUCCUGGGCCAGCCACCGGACCCCACUCCGCCAUCGACCUGAUGAACUUCAACACCCUCCUGAGCAUGUGGAAGCUCAUGGCAGACAAGCGGAAGCAGGCGGCAGCUGCCGGCUCUGGGUCCACGGUACCGGACGCCUUCGAGGGAUUCGAUUACGUUGGAGAGCUGUCGCCGGAACUGCUCCAGAAGCUGGACGAGGCAGCCGCGGCCCAGGAGCACCAAGAACAGGAGGACGCUGAUCAAGUCCAGGCCCAGGCCCAGGCGCAAGAGGAGCCGCCGCAGGGGAUGGAGGAACAUGCCGACCAACCUGAUAGGGAACUGGAUGAGCCGGAUGUGGCGAAACUGGAACUGGGAGGAGGUGACUGUGGAAAAGCCAGAGGAGGAGAUGCCACCCAGUGGCACACCCUCCUCACCUUCCACAACAGCCUCUCCUGCCUCAAGCCCUGCACCUGCCCCGGCCACUGCCCCAGCCCCAGCCGCAGCCACUGCCACAGAAAGGGGCACAGAGGAAAGCGAAGAAGAAGAGGAAGAAGCGAAGAGGAGUCCCAGCCCACAAAAGGAGUCGGUGGACAAUGCGGAGACGAAGGCGGCACAGUCGGAGGAGCCAAAGAGAGAAGAGAAUGAAAUGGAGUUGGAGUUGGAGAUGGAGAUGGAUAACGGGAACGGGACAACAGUCUAAGGGAUGCACCAAGGAUCGUGGACACACAUGACUAUACAUACAUAUAUCUAUAAAGAUUUGCAUUUGUUUGCCAAGCAGACACGACCCCUCCCCCCACACAGACACUCCCUUAAUACAUAUCAGAGGGAGAGAGAGAGAGAGAGAGAGUGUGUGUGUGUGUGUGUGUGGAAUUUGGAGCCAGGAGCAAGGAGCAAGAGUCCCAGCAAUCGAUGCGACAACGUCAACAGCAACAGAAACAACAACAAUUGAGAAGCACUUCCAAGAAAUCAAAGUAAAGUUUAUAAAACGACUGCGUUUAGUGUAAUUAUGGUUAACGGUUACCGAUAUCGAGUGUAUAUAUAUAUAUAUAUAUAUAGUAUGUAUUCUUCAUAUUUGAUAUAUACA